UGCUAACUCAGAGAUGCACACUGGCUUGUAAGAGGCAGCAUUGAACAAGACAUCUCUGCAAACUCUAAGCUCAGUAGCUGGGUGUACACAAAGGAUAUGAAGAUAUCAGUGUUUGAUUUCAACAUCCAUUACAAGCCCUUUGGCAAAUCCACCUGGAAACACACAGAACACCCAGGAACAAUGGAUGAAAAUAAAACAACAAAUGAACCACAGAAAGCAGAGGCCAAUAAUAAAGCAGAGCCUAUACCAAAGAAACAAGAUGCAGAAUCAGCAAAAGCACCUGAGCCUUCAAAACCUGAAAAAUCAACUGAACCAGUUAAGACAACUCAACAGGAAGAACAACAGGAAGCCAAAGAUGGGAAAGAGGAUGCUAACAAGAAAUAAGGGAGCAGAAGAGCACUCAGCGCUUCAUUUGCAAUCUAAUAGAAGACAGGGGAGCCUUAUUAACAAGAAACUAGCGCAAAGCUUCAAGGUAUGAGACAAAGUUGCAUCAAGUCCUG